GAUUACCUUGACUGUAUCACUGACCAGACCAAGCUCUCCCUGGGGGCAGAAGAGCGAUCAGCCCUGUUUGGAAACAUACGGGAUAUCUACCGUUUCAACAGUGAACUUCUGCAAGAUUUGGAAAACUGUGAAAAUGAUCCUGUGGCUAUAGCAGACUGUUUUGUUUCCAAGAGUGAAGAUUUCCACAUAUAUACACAGUACUGCACCAACUACCCAAGGUCAGUGGCUGUGUUGACAGAGUGCAUGAGGAACAAGACACUGGCCAAGUUUUUCAGAGAGCGACAAGAAGCACUGCAGCAUUCUCUGCCCCUGGGCUCCUAUCUCUUGAAACCUGUCCAGCGCAUCCUCAAGUACCACCUGCUUUUGCACGAAAUAGAAAAUCACCUUGACAAGGACACUGAGGGCUAUGAUGUGGUGCUGGAUGCCAUAGAUACGAUGCAGAGAGUGGCAUGGCAUAUAAAUGACAUGAAGAGGAAACAUGAACAUGCCAUCAGGCUCCAAGAGAUACAGAGUUUGCUCACUAACUGGAAAGGGCCGGACCUCACGAGUUAUGGGGAGCUGGUGUUAGAAGGAACAUUCCGCAUUCAGCGAGCCAAAAAUGAGCGCACAUUGUUCCUCUUCGACAAGCUGCUGCUAAUUACAAAAAAGAGAGAUGAGAUGUUUGUAUACAAAGCUCACAUACUGUGUGGGAAUCUCAUGCUUGUUGAAGUAAUACCAAAGGAACCACUCAGCUUUAGCGUCUUCCACUACAAAAAUCCCAAGAUGCAACAUACUGUCCAGGCAAAGUCACAGCAAGAAAAGCGCCUUUGGAUUCUUCACCUGAAGAGGUUAAUUCUAGAAAAUCAUCCUGCUAAAAUUCCUGCCAAGGCCAAACAGGCAAUUCUAGAAAUGGAUGCCAUACAUCACCCAGGCUUCCACUACAGCCCCGAGGGAGAGAUGAAAUCAUCAUACCAGCCGAAAGAAGGCAGUGCUUCUCACAGAGUGAGAAGGAAAUCAGAACCCUCAUCUAGAGUCCAUAAAGUUUUGAAGUCAAAUGAUAUAAGUCCAGAUGUGCAGAAGCGGAUCAGUAUUGAAGGAGCCCUAUUAUCUCAAGCCACCAAACUAGGAUCAAGUGAAGCCCUGCUGAAGUCUGGGAAAAAGGUUUCCUUGGAAUCCACUGGGCUGGAGAGCCAAUUUCAGGAGUCCAUUGAGCCUGCCUACAGCAGCGAUCAGGAUGAAAAUCUCCAGACUUCUGCUACAGAACAGAUUGAUGCUGACGAUGAAGAAGAGUCUGAACAGGGAGUGCAGCAAAACUCACUACAGAAAUCGAAAGGGGGAAGAAAAAGACUUAAUAGUCAAGCUGCUGAAAAUGUUGAAAAACGGAGAAGUGUUAAUCUCAACAAGUGUGAAACACAG